GGAGGGAGCUGCGGCUGGAGGGAGGGACUCCUGGUUUCCCGGGGCGGCGGGUGGGGGCUCGGUCACCCAUGGGGGCGGGGAGGAGGAUCGAUGCGGCUUCCGGGUUGCUGCCUUUCCCGGGGGUCUGCCCCGCUGACAUUCUGUGCCCGCCCCUCGCCCUGUCUCCCCGUGCCCAUCGCAGCUGUCAGGCCCUGCGGGCUUCCGCGGCUGUCACUCGCGCACAGGUUACCCCGUGGCUCCCUUUCUCCUCACUUGCUCAUGCCCCAGCUAAUGGGAAACCUGUUUUCUGACCUCACUUCCCCUGCUCCACUUCUGCCUUGCUCGGAUUCUCUGAAAUCUGACCCUUUCCAGGGGCACUGUGACAAGAAGGAGGGAAGAAGCAACCUUGCCCCUGAGCAGGCUCCCGUCCCGCUCAUGCCCCACCCGUGGCAGGGGCCAGGGUUCUCUUGAUGGACGGAGCACAACUCGUCCGUGUGCCCUUGGGCUACUCAUUUUUAUAACAUGGCCCGUUUUCUGUUCAUCAGUACUGGCUGCAAAAACUUCCUUUUACAGGUCCCUUGCUACCCAUAUGUGUGAAGAAAAGGGGGAAAUGAAAGCCCUAAAACGCAGACUCCAGUGGGCAUGGGAUCAUCCUGGAACCAGGAGAAAGGAAGUUAGGGCUACCACCUUAACCACCCAGGUGCUGGCUCUGCGUGAACAUCUUAGGAAAUGCAGGCUGAGGACAGGUCACAAUUUGGGUCUGCAGCAAAAAUGCUUUCAGAACAGACAGCAGCUCUGGGGACAGGAUGGGAAUCAAUCAAUGUACAGCUGGAUGGAGCAGAGCCCCAGGUGGAAAGGGGAAGCAAGGAAGAGGGGCCAUGGAGAACAGCACCAGGGCCUCUGGAGCACCUGUGCUGUGACCUUGAAGAGGAGCCACAGUCCCUUCAGGAGAAGGCUCAGUCUGCUCCCUGGGUUCCUGCAAUUCCCCAGGAGGGGAACACUGGAGACUGGGAGAUGGCAGCUGCACUUCUUGCAGCUGGAUCACAGGGCCUGGUAACCAUCAAGGAUGUGUCACUGUGCUUCUCUCAGGAGGAGUGGCGGAGCCUGGACCCCUCUCAGACAGACUUUUAUGGAGAAUAUGUCAUGCAAGAAAACUGUGGGAUAGUAGUCUCUCUGAGAUUUCCAAUUCCCAAACUGGACAUGCUUUCUCAACUAGAAGGAGGAGAAGAACAAUGGGUCCCUGACUCCCAGGACUUAGAGGAGAGGGACAUUCUGAGGGUCACAUAUACAGGAGAUGGAAGUGAACAUGAGGGGGAUACCCCUGAACUAGAAGCAGAACCUCCCAGAAUGUUAUCCAGCGUGUCUGAAGAUACUGUUCUCUGGAACCCGGAGCAUGAUGAGAGCUGGGAUUCCAUGCACAGGAGCUCCAGAGGAAUGCUCCUGGGGCCCCCUUUUCUUCAGGAAGACAGCUUCUCAAACCUGCUGUGUAGCACAGAGAUGGAUUCCCUGUUAAGACCCCACACAUGCCCCCAAUGUGGGAAACAGUUUGUGUGGGGCUCCCACCUUGCCAGGCAUCAACAAAUACACACUGGGGAGAGGCCCUACAGCUGCCUCAAGUGUGAGAAGAGCUUUGGGCGAAGACAUCACCUCAUCAGGCACCAGAAAACCCACCUACAUGACAAGCCCAGCAGGUGCUCUGAGUGUGGUAAGAAUUUCCGAUGCAACUCCCAUCUGGCCAGUCACCAGAGAGUGCAUACAGAAGGCAAAUCCUGCAAGGGCCAAGAGGUUGGAGAGAGCCCUGGCACAAGGAAACGGCAGCGUGCCCCACCAGUGCCAAAGUGUCACGUGUGCACUGAAUGUGGGAAGAGCUUUGGCCGAAGGCACCACCUUGUGAGACACUGGCUGACCCACACUGGGGAGAAGCCCUUCCAGUGCCCUCGCUGUGAGAAGAGCUUUGGCCGAAAACAUCACCUGGACAGGCAUCUGCUGACCCACCAGGGACAAAGUCCCCGGAACAGCUGGGACAAAGGAACAUCUGUCUUUUGAAACCUGUUUCCACUACAGCUAUGGUCAAGUCUAUCAGCCGGUGCUACUAGGAGUCACUGCCAGGGCUGCCGUUCUUCUGAACCCCAGGGGCCAGAAUCAUUAGCCCUAACCCCAUCCCUAGAAAGAUGAGGUCCCAGCAAUGGCCAGAGCAUUUCUCACCAGUUCUGUGAGAUAGCACAUAAAAAUAGAGUUCUUUGGGCAAAACUUUUGGGAAGCAAUGCAUCCUACAUGGGCUGAUAUUCAGCCUGAGCCAUUCUCAAGAGAGUGGUACCGGCAGUUUAUGGCUGAAAUCCAUUCUGAUUUGUUGGAGCCUAUGCUAUACCAAUUGUUAAAUAUUUUGAGUAUCACUUUUCCAUACUGUUACUAUUAUAUUUUCUCUCUAUAUAUAGAGAAAGGCCAUUUUAGCAUCGUAAAGGCUCUGAAAAUUUCUGCAGUAGACCAAACUGAAGAUUCUAUUAAUGCAGUGUUUCCUAAAUGUAUUUGACCUCAGUAUCCUAUUUGCAUCCCACAGAACUGGUGACUGUGAAACACUCUGGUGAACACUGGGUUAGAGAGUAAUGAGGAAAUGAGACUUAGUGAUCAGGCAUCCAGAGCCCCUCCUUUUAUCCAUAUGAAAGCCAGCGGGGCCAGGCAUUGUUUCUGUGUGGGUCUGUCUGCCUUACCCCAGUCAGCAGUAUAUACAUCUACACCUCUCACCCUCACCUGCUGAAAACAGUAACCUUUUUACCCCUUAUUCCUACUCCCUUCAUCCUGCACAUACAUAUAUCCAGCUGAGAAAUCACACUACGAGGCUAAGAGAUGACCUAAUACCCCCAAAUAACCCAGGUCCACACAGAAAAAAAAAAAAAAAAAAAAAAAAAAAAAAAAAAAAAAAAAAAAUUAUCCCCUUGAGCAGACCCCUCUCUCCUCUUGACUGUCUUUAUGUGUCUUGUGUAUUUGUGUGCAGGGUCUUUGAAGAGAGCAUGCUAUGUGCAAAUUGUACAAGCUAGGUUUUCUAGGGGCUGUGUUCUGGGGAUGAGGGUAGUGGGGAUUAUAUGGGUUUCUGUUUCAAGACAGGAAGCAGUCUGAUUAGGGAGCACUAGUGGAAAGGGUUAAAUGACAGGUUAAGUUGUCGGAGUUGAGUACAAAGCUUUCCCAGUUAUUGCUGAGAUCAAGACAGUUGUGAAUGUGUGUUUCUAGGUCUGAAUCUCUGGGCUGCAGAUUGCUUUUAACUGAGCAGAGAAAAGUCUGGGGAGGUGAGCUGUUUCUUGUUGAUUUCAGGCAAGAGGCACAGAAACUUUGUAUUGAGUGGGGAUUUUGUUUUAAGUGCUGGAAAAUUAGAGCAGGAAUUAACCAUGUUUGCAAGUUGUUGCCAUCACUCUUGUUUGACUUUGCCUCAUCAAGGGGCAAGUUAUUCUUGAAGAUCUCUUUCUCCCAGAAACAGAACUUUAGGGGAAAUGGCUGUGGCUUAGCUUUUCAGCUGAUGCAGGGUAAUGAGCUUUGUGGUUGGUUUUCCUUCCAUUUAUGGAAAGAUGUCCACACUGAGACCCUUAACUCUAGGGCUUGCAUAAGUAUUCUAGCAUCGUUAGUUGGUCAUUUUUUCUCUUUAUCAAUGAUUGUGUUAAUAUCAAUCUUAUAACUUAAAAAUUGUCUUGUAUGCAAGAGCUGUUUCGGGUUAGGGAGGAAGAGGAGCAAAGUGGGAUAUUUUCUUUUUAAUGCUUAGAUACUGUUUCUUCCCUAAGAUGUGUUUCGCAACCACAAUUGGUGGAGUGAACCAGAGAGGCAAGAGGAAGUGAGUUGCAACAAUUUAGUUUAGUGACUGUGCCUUUUGCAGGAAAAACUGGGUGAAUCACAGCUCCUCAGAGUCCUGGACUCAAUUAGAAUUGAAGAGAGACUUAUUUUGCUGACUGGGCUUCUUAGAGUUUAUGUGACUUGAGCAGCUUGGCUCCUGCCUCCUGCUACUCUGAGCAGCCUUCCUUCUUCCUGAAAUGCACUUCUCUUGUUUAUGAUCCUAUGAAUAAGGCCAAAUGGCUGGCCUUUGUAAGGCAGGUCUUGCCCUAGGUUCUCAGAAUCAGGAGCAUUUUAGGAUCAGUAUUAGGAGAUGCCCCAGAGAGUAAGAAAGCAUUGGGUUCAGUGAUAAAUCUGGACUCUGCCACUUCUUUUACUCUCCCUCUUUAAGACUAAAAGCUCUGCAUAAACAAUGGUUCAGAACAUGUCUUGGGUACAGACCUGUUGAAUCUGACAGAAACCAGAAACGCACUUUUGAGAAAAAGACAUUUGUAAUUCGCUCAGUUUUCCAUACACAUUUAGCAGGUUCAAAGCCCAUCUGUAGAAUCCCUAAACUGCCCUCAAAGAAAGGAAGUUACCCUGAUCUAAAAUAGUCAUUAUAUAUUUGUGUCAAGAGGCAAGGGUCACUAAAUAUUUUAAGGAUUAAGGUACCAGAGGCAUCAAUGUAUAAGGAUAUAGUCUGGUCUUUAAUUAUGACAAGGGUAUUGAUUACAUUCUACUCUCUGGGUUUCAAAAAGAUCUGACAUGCUGACAAAUCCAGCUCCUCACAAAUCUUGUGUGAAGGACUUGUGGGAAGUGGUAUUCCCUACUAUUAGAUCACGCCUCUUAAUAACUACAUGUUAAUGUCCAGCCUUUUAUCUGUUUGAGUAAUUGUAGGGAUAGAAAGUGAAGCCCCCAGAGUUAGGUGCAAGUAUAGCACUCAGCUGAAAGGCAUCAUGGAGUCUAAGGACCUUCUACAGAAGGGGCAAUCCUUUGGGUUAUUUCUGGUCUACCGCUGUCUUCUCUACCUCGGUCCAACACCACCUCCCUUGGACGAAAAAUAAAACAAGCAACAGCCAUCAGAUGAGUGAAUAGAUUUGAAUGAUUUUUCCCACAGGGAAUAAGCCUCAAAUGUUCAUGUUCCACCCUGUCCCCUUUAAAAAGAGUCUCUAUGUU